GGAGGUGGACCUUGGCUUUGCCUCGCCGUCGCUGCCGCCGGGUCCCUGCAUCCGCGCCCCCAGCCUUGGCCCGGGCCCAGCCGCUCUCCCAGCCCUCCCCGCUUUCACCACCCCCGGGUUUCUGCCUUCGGGGCCCCGGGCGAAUAAUGCCGUCUGAGAGUGGAGCUGAGAACCUGGACCGGGCGGCAGCGCAGGCGGGGACGGCUGCAGCCUCGGCAGUGGCCAUGGCUGGGGCGGCCGGCGGCGGCCCCGACCCGGAGGACUCCUCGGCCUCCCCGGGACGGCACCAGAGUCGGCUGGGCUGGCCACAGGUGCAGCGGCUGGACGCGCUCCUGAGCGAGCCGAUCCCCAUUCACGGGCGCGGCAACUUCCCCACGCUGAGUGUGCAGCCCCGGCAGAUCGUGCAGGUGGUCCGCAGUAGCCUGGAGGAACAGGGAUUGCAUGUACACAGUGUGCGACUCCAUGGCUCUGCCGCCAGCCAUGUGCUGCACCCUGAGAGUGGUCUAGGCUACAAGGACCUGGACCUGGUGUUCCAGAUGGACCUCCAGAGUGAAGCAUCCUUCCAGCUGACCAAGGCAGUGGUGCUGGCCUGCCUGCUAGACUUCCUGCCAGCGGGAGUGAGCCGGGCCAAGAUCACGCCACUGACACUUAAAGAGGCUUAUGUGCAGAAGCUGGUGAAAGUGUGCACAGACCUGGACCGCUGGAGCCUCAUCUCGCUGUCUAACAAGAGUGGUAAGAACGUGGAACUCAAGUUUGUGGACUCCGUGAGGCGUCAGUUCGAGUUCAGUGUUGACUCCUUUCAGAUCAUCCUGGACUCCCUGCUGCUCUUUGGCCAGUGCUCAUCCACACCCAUGUCUGAGGCCUUCCACCCGACCGUGACAGGGGAGAGCCUGUAUGGGGACUUUGCUGAGGCCAUGGAGCACCUGCAGCACCGUGUCAUCGCCACGCGCAGCCCUGAGGAGAUUCGUGGGGGUGGCCUCCUCAAGUACUGCCACCUCUUGGUGCGAGGCUUCCGGCCAAGGCCCAGCACUGACGUUCGUGCUCUGCAACGAUACAUGUGCUCCCGCUUCUUCAUUGACUUUCCAGAUCUAGUGGAGCAGAGGCGCACUCUGGAGCGCUACCUGGAAGCCCACUUCGGUGGGCCCGAUGCAGCCCGCCGGUAUGCCUGCCUCGUGACACUGCACCAGGUGGUCAACGAGAGCACAGUGUGUCUCAUGAGCCAUGAGCGCCGCCAGACGCUGGACCUCAUCACUAUGUUGGCCCUCCAGGCACUGGCGGAACAGGGCCCUGCUGCCACUGCUGCCCUGGCCUGGCACCGGCUAGGUUCCAAUGGAGUCGUGCCUACCACUGUCAAUUACUACGUGACCCCCAUGCAGCCUCUGUUGCCCCGGGCUCACUCCUAUCCCACCUGGCUGCCUUGCAACUGACUUGGUUUCUGGCCAGAAGGGAAUGGGCCUCCUGGGGUGUGGUGGGGUCACCAUGUUUGUGUGGAGCGUAUGACCAGAGACAGGCCUCCUGUGCCAGCUGGCCCAGCACUGUAGGGUUGGGCCUUUGAUUGAACAGACCAGACUUUCCUGUGUGAUGCCCCUGUGGGCUUAAAGCCAAGCCAGGGUUCUUAACAGGAGGACCUUUUGGUCAUUGCACCACACUUUUGGACUUGCAUGAUUGUGGGGCGCAGAGGCUACUUGUCUGGAAAAGACAAAGCCAGCUGGAGUGGGAGCCUCAAUGGCAACACCUUGGGUUGAUUUCCAUGGUCCAGAGGGUGUCAAUCCAAAGGGACCCAGCAGCCCCCACGCUGGCUAAAAUAUGGUAUGAUGGGACAAGCCUGUUCACGUGGGGUCAGUCUGAAUCACAAACAACCUGGCAGUCCAACCUUGAUAAUCACUGGGAGGAGGGAAACUGAGGCAUGAAGCAGAUCCCUGGGUUUGCAGAGGGAUAGGAUAGUCCAAUCUCCUGAAACCUGUACUCCGAGCUCUAAAGCCUUCCUGAGGGGCUGAGGUGUACAGUGGACAGGUUCCAAACAGCGAGAGCAGGGUGUAACCUAUGCACCUUCCCCUUCCCUCGCUGGGAGGAGCCCUGCAGCCUGGGCACUUGUGUGGAGGGUGCUGGCUGAGUCCUGCCGACUAGCUUGGGUAUAGGACUUACACAUGGGGGAGGGAGGCCAUACCCCCACUUCCUUUUCCAUUCCUCUGGGUUUGUUGAUAUUUUUUUGCACCCUUACUGCCCACCAAUAAAAAUUGUCUACAUUGAGCAUAA